ACUACGUGGAGCUGCCCCCGGCCCCAGGCCACGCUCCGGGCGCCCCCCCUGCCCAGCCCCGGCCCCCCGCGCCCCGGGGAGCCCUGCCCCGCGCCCCCGCACCCCGAGGAGCUGCUGGUGCUGCAGCAGGUGGGCGACUACUGCUUCCUGCCCGACCCCGCCCCGGUGCCCCCGCCGGACCCCUGCCCGCCCGCGCCCGCGCCCGACGCCGAGGACCCGGCAUUGCCCAGCAAGAAGCCGCGGGGCCCGGCCGCCCCCCAGCUGCCCGCCAUCCAGCUCUUCAAGGCCCUGAAGCAGCAGGAAUACCUGGCCCUGCCCGCCUGGGACGGCGGCUGGAGGAGGGACACCGAGUCCCAGUACUGA